UAAAAUUAGAAGCACAGCUAAUUAUUACAAGUGGCCUUGGAGAAAACAGUCCACCUUGACCCUGAGCUAUCUGAUCUUGAACUUUUCCAUUUCUUCCUUUUGUUGCUUCUCUUCUAUUUCAUCCAGACAAUACCCACAUGAAAAAUGUUGAAAAUGAAAGUUUCUUUUAACUGAUAUUCAAGAUGUCAUUUAGCUCGGAACUUUAUUAUUUAGAGAGAGAACAUGUAGCUAAUAUUAACGAUGAUCUUGUUCCAUUGAUAUUUAUCUACAGAUUAAAGACACCUGCCCUUCCCUCAUCUGUUGAGGAAGUGCUUCCUGUCACUCAUAUUCUCCAUAACCUCAGAUAAAUCACUGGUAUAAUCACAAUAAGCAUUCUAAUCUUGCCAUGACAUGAUGUUUAGGAAGAAAAAUCUAAAACCUUUUACAUAAAAGAAGUUUCAUAAUCUCAAGCUAUGAAAAGGGGGAAAAGGCAUACUUACCAUAGGUACUUUUUACCAUGAAUUCCCUGACCUUAAUUUGAUUAAAAUCUCAACCUAAAGAUUGCAACAAUAUAGAUUUCUUUAGAGUUUGAUUUUUCAUGUCACUGAACUUUGAAUGAGAAAAACCUCAAUGUGGGGCAGAAAGGGUGGUAAAGCGGAAGGAGAAGUUAAGGACGGAGCCGCUCUGCAGAUCAGUGUUUGAAAGUGAACAGCCGAUUUGACGAGCAGCAAAAACCACAGAAUAUAGUGCCACAUCGUCUUUCUGUUCACUUCGUUUCACACACGAUUCAGGCUCUUCCUACUGUCUUCUGCCACCUCUUUGCUCUUCUUUACUUAUUUCACUGAUGUCACUGAGGUAGGUAACCUGGUCCAAUCCUGAAGAAUUCAAGGGAGGAAGAGAAGUCUACCUGUGAAGUUUUUCUGUCCCUGAUAUGCACAGGAAAUGAAGACGUUGCCUGGCAUGCUUGGAAUUGGGAAAUUGUGUGGGGUGUUCUUCCUGAUCCCACAUCUGGGCAUCUGGAGUAUCAACGGGGAAAAAUCAUGUAAUGAACAACUGUAUGUAAAGAGAUAUUCCAUAUACACUAUCUCAGCAGGGAAUUCAUUUGAUCUGAAAUGCCCUGUGAAAUACUGUACUAACAGACCUAAUGUGAUCUGGUGCAAGCUCGAAGGAAAAAGCUGUUUAUCUCUUGGGUAUAAACUUCAGGGAUACACAAGCUGGAAUGAAAAUGAGAAUAUUUCAGUUUUUAUUCUGCAUUUUAAUCACAUGCUGCCUGGUGACACCGGGUCAUACCGCUGUUCUGCAAAUUUUUCAUCUGGACUUGUUGAAAGCCACUCAGUAACCAUUAAUGUGACAGAAUGGACUAGAAAUAAUUCAGAAUACCCUCUGAUAAAUACAACCAGUGCCUCAGGACCACCCUCCACAGAAAUGACGGAUGAUAGACAAUGGAUGCUUUAUAGUUUGCUUCCUUUGGGGGCAUUGCUUCUGCUCAUUACCUGUUUCUACCUAUUCUGCUGCCUUAGAAGGCACCAAGCAGAACAAAAGAAGCCUUCUGAUACUGCAGGAAGGGAAAUUAACCUGGUUGAUAUUCCCCAGCCCUUUAGGAGUGAGCAAUCAGGAACUUGUACUUAUGAUAAUGACCCCUGGUUCAAGGUCCAGGAAGAGUCUGAAGUUUAUUCUAACCCAUGUCUGGAGGAAAACAAACAGAGCAUUGUUUAUGCCUCCCUGAACCAUUCUGUCCCUGGAAUAAACCCAAGACAAGCAAGGAAUGUGAAAGAAGCACCUACAGAAUAUGCAGCCAUAUGUGUGAGGAAUUAAAUUUGAUCUUGAUCUCCAACAGUGAUCACUGAAUGAUCAGCAUGUCAAUACCAUUAUCUGAGCCCAACAAAAUGUCCAAUAAUAUUCCUUGACCUGAGAAGUUUCACUUCAAGGAGGUUCAUGUUGGUGUUGGGUCUUAAGGGUCCAUAGGACAAGUGACUAAAAUUUCUCCCAAAAUACUGCAAGGGAACUUUUUUAUAUUAUAGCCUUGAACAACACAAAAACCCUCCCCUCCAAAACUGACUGGUAUUAUGAGUAGCAGGGUAGUAGAACUUUUAAACUUAGCUACAUUUUACCCAAUGUACAAAGUUAGUAUAUUUUUUGGAGGAUAAGAGACACAGGUAGGCAAGAGAGAUUUGUGUUAUCUGGAUUAGUUCACUACACUCUCUUGACAAAGAAAGAAUGUCCCAAUUUGACUAACUAACCAUCAACAAAGUAACGAUGGUAUGCUUAUUUCUGGUCAUUCUUCCAUGAUGAGAAAUUUUCCUCUGUCCAUCUCAUACUGGGGUUUCUUAAAUGUAAAGAAGAAAUCAUUUUAGACUUGAUAUAAGAAAAGAAUGGGAAGGAUAAAUGGUGCAAUUAAGAUGUGGAAUACACCAACUAAUGUAGAGUAGAUGUUGCCCAUCCCUGACAAAUGGUUUUAUCGACCCUGUUACACUGCUAAGCAAACACAGGUAGUAAUUGAACUAUUGAUGUGUGGUGCGUUUAUAAACAAAGUUGUGACUCAGUGUUUGGGUCACAUGGACUAAUGUAUAUAAAUGUGACGUAAUGCUGCUAGACUAAUAUACUUGGGGUUGUCUAAAUAAAUAUAAAAAUUAGUGAAAAAAAGUAUCAUCCAGCAAGUGCAGACUGAUAGCUUAAACUGCAUCAUGGCUAACCUGAUAGCAAAUGAAAAGCACAGUUAAUGGAAUAGCGAAAAGUCUGGAAUAUUUCAUUGGCCAAAACAGGUCGCCAUACUUUCAUUAAGCACUUCUGUAUCUUGCUGCUCUUCUUACUAAGGAAUCAGGGCAAAUCAUACAUAGCAAAGUGGUACGCUUUCAUAACAAUUCAUUUUAAAAUACUGUAGUUGCAGCCACUUGAGUCCAGCAAGAGGAGAUGGUUUCAAAGUUUCUGAAUUUCCAGAGUACUUGAGUCUAAUUAUUUCAGAAAUAGCCUACAACUUUAUUCAACAGCUUGAGGCUAUUAGGAUUCUCAGGUGCUGCUACUAAAUAAGGCAAUACACCUCAUACAAAGUGGACAGCAAAGGUUGGGAUCCAUUUGAACAAACAGGUGAGCUGCUGCACAAAUGAAUGUGGGGUGUGUGUGUGUGUGUGUGUGUGUGUGUGUAUAGAAGGAAAACUAAGUGACUUACAGAAAUGGUAAAAAGAGAAACCAACAAAAUUGUUUCAGUUUCCUAAAAAGUUCAGAAUACUAGAAAAAAUGGAUCAUUACAGAAAAUGUACGAAAAUAGUGUUUGAAAUUAUGGCGAUGGGAGUAUGAUAUCCCACAAAAUUUUUUAUCCCAUAAAGAUAAAACUGGGAGUUUGUGGUGGAGCUUUUCUUCUGGAACAACACUGGCAUUAAGAUUGUGCUCCUUAGAUUGGGAUUGUGGGUAUUGCUUUAGACUCACUGUUAUCAAGCCAGUAUGAUAGUGCCAUACCUGGAAAUUUGAGCAACUGGUUCUAGGUAGGCUCUUUCAGCCAAGCUGCAUUUAUAAGCAACUACGUACAAAAGAUAUAUUAGAAUAACUGUUUGCGGUAUUCUUAAAUAUAGAAACAGGAAGUAUGGGGAGGAUACAUUUAGCUGCCCUUAUCAGAUAAACACACAGCUGAACAGUUCCUUCAUAAUUUUCUUAAAUUUAAGCAACAAAAUAUUUUUGUCUAUUGUUUAGGAUAUUCUUAGCUUGUCUUAUAGUAAAGAUAAUGUUGAUAAUGAUUUUACCUCUACAAUGAUUUAUUCUUACAUUUGUACCGUGCUGCCAAAAUUCCAAACCACUUAUGUUUUUAUUGCUUCUUAAUAAAAUGUCAGAAUUAUAUAUGUAUUUCCCAAAUAAACCUAU